UAUUCCCACGCGGCGCGACAGAACUGGCGCCAGGAGGACGGGGAGGCCUGCUGAACGGCCCCUCCCUCUACGCUGUCCUAGUCCCAGCCUGCUGCGGGGCUCGUCAGUCCCUCAGUUCUCUGGCCCCAAGAGCCGGGGCUCCGGGUUGAUUUUUGUAGUGCGGGUCUCUGAGGCUCCGGGAGACGGGAGGAGACCCUCGUCCUGUCCCUGGCCCUACCGCAGACCCCUCCGCAGCCCAGAAUGCUGCCUGCCCCAGGACGCCAAGCUGGCCCCCUAGAGCUUCUGUAGGCUGGAGCACCCGAGGCCACCGGCUAUCCUCCGUCUGUGCAGGGCCAGCACACUUCCGCAGCCUGGAGAGUAUAGGUUUAAGCGCCAAAAGGAGGAAAUCCCGAGGGUUCCUCCAAACAGAAAAAGAAGCAUUUAACUCCGUUUUAGAAUUUCUAAAUUGUGAUAUACUGACACAGGAUGAGGCCAAUAAGAUGACAUUCUUGAGCUCUGUGACCAUCCUGUGCAGUGCUGUGAAAAGUCAGGAGCAUCCCAAUAUGAACUACUACUGCAAUAAAUCCAUCUUGGCCCAGAAAGUGGAGUUAUUGAUUGUUGAAGAGCCCAGCAACCUGCUAAUCAGUUCUCUGAGACAACAAGCCAUGUUCUGCAUCAUGGAAAUGAGUAAUGUAAAGCCAAAGUUCCCGACCUUACAGAGAAUAAAGUUGAUAAAAUCAGGUAUCAACAGCCUGUUUUCCUUGCCCCCCGGCAUGGAGACUGACACCAAUAGGGAGAUCGUUAGUCUCUACAGCCAGACUGUUCGGGCCUUGGAUGAAAUGUUGCAAGGACUGAUGACUGAAACAGAGAAUCCUAGCAUGCUGGUAUUUACUGAGAUCGUGAAGGUUAUCAUGCCCUGGAUCUUGUCGGAAAAGUCCUUUGAGAAAGCCCGGGCUUUGAGCAUUAUUUCCCGACAACUAAGAUUCAUUAGCAGCUUUCCUCAACUAAGACACAUGGAUGAUUUCAAGAUUGGUGGGAAGCUGAUGGGCAUCGUGGGCCUGUUUUGUAUGGACUCUGACUUUGACGUCAGCUCACAAGCCUCAGAAUCACUCCAUUACUGCUUCAAAGUCUUUGUGAACCAGAGAUAUGGAGAAAUUAAGGUUUACAGAGAUUUGAAUCUGAAGAGUGAUGAAGAACGGUGCAAACUCCUUAUAAAUUUGCAGAAGGAUUUUCAUGCAGAAUGGUCCAUCAACCUGCUGUAUAUUGUUAUGUUCUUCAGGACAUUUCUGAACCCUGCGGAGAGGACAGAUAUUAUUACACUGUGUGUGGAUGCCUUAACCAUUGGUAGCAAGUUUAACACUUUGUCAGCUGUUGGGAUGUUGGAGAAGAUAAUGAAAGAGCCUUUUCCUGAACUCAAUGAGGUGCCAGGCCUGAUCCAGACCAUUCACAGCCAUCUGAGCAGCAUCAAGGAUACUGGCGCAAUGACAGUCAUACAGAACCUGCUCCAGAAGCUGGCCUGGAAGUACCCCGAUGAGGUCAUGCUGAAGCUGGUGGACAUCCAGGACAAGGAGCAAGAUAGAGAGAUGUGGAAGAUCUUGGCAGCAUCCCCAAAAGGCAUUGCUAUGAUCCUGAGUGUUCUGCUGAAGAGAAUGAAAUCCUUCAAUUUUCUGGAGCCUGCAGAGCUCUUGAAGUCUUUGAAGAUAAAUCCUCUGCUGGCCAGCAGGGCUCUCAAUGCCCUUCUUUUGGAAUCCAAUUCUAAGUUAAACGUGGAGACCCUCUACCCUUGGCUGUACAUGGCACUCCUGACCCUGAUCUCCUUCCUGGUGUUUGAAGGGGGCAUCAAGAACCUCCACAAUCUGCCAGGGGUGCCUGAAUGGCUAAACCCUGUGAGCCAUUCCAUUGAGUGCCUGAAGACCUUGAUCUGUUCGGCUGGAUAUGAUUACCAGGUAUCUUUCCUGCAGAAUCACCGCACCUGGGAGCUGCUCACUGAUCCAGAGGGAUACCUAGAGGGAAUCUCCCUGAUAGCUAAGUCUAUGACCAUAAGGAACUUCUGGCAUAUUCGCCCCAUUGUUAGCCUCAUCUUCCACAUCCUCUAUGGGCAUGAAGAUGGGAGUUCUGUUACCGCCUUGGCUGUCCUUGCUGAGCUUUUUCAGAGCGCAGAGGUGGCAGCCAUGGUGGAUGAAAACAUCAUCGAAUUCCUCAUAAGCACUAUAAAAAAGAAUGAUCCGGUGACCCAAAAGCUGGUGCUAAAGUCAGCGGGGAACCUUGGGGUCCAUAAGAAUACGGGCAAGUUCCUCCGAUCCCUGCAGCCCUAUGUACUGAAUAGCUGCUUCUCCACGAACUCCGUGAUUGUGACAGAAGCCUUCUUAGCUCUGAGGUGCAUCAUCUGCAACCUAAACUGGACCGACUCAAUCAUCCUGCUCAUCGAGAUCUCUUGCAUUCUGCGGCCCUUCUUUGAUGAUGACUCAGAGGAACAUCGCUAUAAUUCAAUCGAUAUGUUUGGUAUCCUCUUGUCCAAGGUGAAACGGAGGUUCCUGAUGGUUUCCUUCAGGUACCAGAUCCAUUGCAGCCUGAUUCCCUUGUUGUUCCACCUGCAGGAUGAGAGCAGCAGUGUGGCAAGUGCCAGCAGGGAUAGCCUCUUCCUCUGUGCCAAAAUUCUGGUUUGCCCAAAGUUCAAGUCAGUGUGUGCUGGUGAAGACACAUUCAUCAUUGGGAGGACCCUGCUGGAGGAGCAAAAGGACAAGAUCUCCUGGUUCCUGAGCCAGAGCCUCAGCUACUAUAGUAGUUCCCAGGCAAGCAUUCGCCAAAUAGCCGUGUGGUUGACAAGCCAGAUUAUCCAGAUCAAGGAUCUAGAAUAUGAUGAGGAAUAUAAGGAAGUCUCUUCAGCCCUAAGACGCAUGAAAAAAGAUGAAGACCCAGCUGUCGCCUGCUUGGCAGCACAGACCAUCUGGAUUUUGAGAUCCAGGAGGCUGCAUCGUGGUAAAAUACGUCGUGUUGUUUGGUGCUUCUGAGCUAGAGGCCCAGCCACAAUGUCUCUGCCCCUGUGCCUCUGCCAGGCCAUCCCCCAUGCUCGUUCCUCCUCACCUCUGCCUCAAAGCAUCCUUGCUUCCCUCUCAGCUACCCAGGAGGGCUUCCCUGAUCACCUGCCUUUCUCAUGUUGUUGUUCUGACCCUCCUCAUAUUACCUUGUCUUUGCUUCUCUGUGUAUAUGCCUGGAGUCAGGAAAGCCUGAGUUCAAAUUUGGCCUCAGGCACUUACCAGCUAGGUGACCCUGGGCAAGUCACUUUACCUCUACCAUACUCAGUUUCUUUAUCUAUAAAGUGGGGAUAAUAACAACCCCUACCUCAUAAGGUUGCUGUGUGAGGAUCAAAUAAGGUAAUAUUUGCGAAGCACUUAGCAUAGGGCCUGGCUCAGAUCUGGUAAGCGCUAUAUAAAUGUUAAUUUAUUAUAAGUGCUUUUUGAAAUAAAAUGAGGCUUCUAAGCCUUGCAUCUAUGAGGUUGAUGCUGUUUGAUUUCUGCAAAAUUUAAUGAGAGAAAAUGGAAGUAGUCCAGAGUUUAUUCAUCCCCCCCCACUUUCAUAUUUUGUUUAUGAAAUAUCACGUUUCUGUUAGCUGUGUGAAGAUGACCUCACGCUGUGUCUUCCCCUCCAGGACAGUUCCUCCACCUCUGCCCCAGAACCAAGAGUCCGAAUGACCUAGCAUUUAUUAAGUGUCUUGUGUUUGCUGCACUGUGCGCGCUAGGCCUGGGAUACAGUGACAAAAAGGGAAAUACAGGGUCAAAGAGCUUGCCUUUGACAGGGGUGAGGUGGGGGGAUUGGACAUGGACAUAAAAGAGUCCCCACAGGAUCAUCUGAGGGAGGUGGAGGAGGGUGAGAGAAGCACUGAGAAACCUGAGGGUCGUGAAGGCCUUUUCAUAGGAGGCAGAAGCUACAGGCUCCAAGGGGCAAAAGGGAGGAAGGAAGGGGCCCUCAAGGCAAGGCCAUGAGGCCAUGACUGCUGAGUCUAGAGCAGGGCAAGUCAUGAAUGGGAGAGGGAGAGUAAUGACUGCACAGGAAGCUUAGAAGUCUGAGAGGCUUUAACAAACUGAACAGUUUGUUUUUAUCCUUGAGACCAGAGGGAAUCCCUGAAGGUUCUUGAGCAGAGGAGAUUC